CAUAUAUAUAUAUAUAUAGAGAGAGAGAGAGAGAGAGAGAUGGGAGAGAGAGUGAAGUGCGAUGAACAUGGGGUGGUGUUGGUGAUAGUAUUGUCGAAUAUGGGGAUGGGUCUGGGUAAUGUCGUGAUGAGGAAAGCCCUCGACGGCGGCAUCAACCACAUGGUUAUUGCCACCUACAGACUCGCCGUCUCUGCUCUUUUCUUAUCUCCCUUCGCCCUCCUCUUCGAAAGGAAAAGUAGACCAAAGCUGACGCUUACGGUCUUGUGCCAACAUUUCUUGAGCGGCUUACUCGGUGCGACCUUGGUACAAUAUUUCGGCUUGCUGGGGCUAACGUACACUUCUGCAACCGUAACGUGUGCCCUUUUCAGCAUCUUGCCGGCCUUUACGUUCAUUCUGGCUCUACUAUCCCGGAUAGAGACCCUGGAUCUCAAGAGCAAAGCGGGAAUAGCCAAAGUAGUGGGAACUCAUGUAUGCAUAAGUGGAGCACUUUUAUUGACAUUUUAUAAAGGGUUGCCGAUAUCAAACCUUCGCUCUGAAUCGGAGGUUAAUGGCACCGACUCUCAUCCGAUGAAGAACAAGGCCCAUAAUAAGUGGCUGUUGGGUUGUCUAUUUAAUAUCGUAGCAGACAUAGUUUUGUCUCUGUGGAUGCUUUUUCAGACGAAGAUCACCGUAACAUUCCCAUGCAAGUACUCUAGCACGGUUCUUAUGUCCAUUUUCGCCACUUUCCAAUGCGCUCUUCUGAGUUUGAUCGAGACUAGGGAUAUCAAAGGUUGGAUUUUGAGGGAUAAAUUCGACAUAUUCGCUGUCAUCUAUGCUGGCGUAGUUGGACAAGGCAUAGCCACAGUUGCAACGACAUGGUGCAUAAAGAAGAGGGGUCCCCUUUUCACUUCAUUGUUUACUCCUGUCAUGCUGAUGUCAGCAUCUCUAUUCGAUGUCGUCAUCCUUCGCCGACAAAUGUAUCUUUCGAGCAUAAUCGGAUCUGGUAUUGUUGUCGUCGGUCUCUAUGUAUAUCUAUGGGGCCAAUUCCAAGACCCGAAAGAUGUCCCAAGUGAGCCAACAGGGAAGCUAGAGCCCCCGGAGCCGAUAAACCACGGAUCAGUCCAAUUAUUUAUUGAAUAACGCUAUCACUUAUCAUGCACAACGACCAAACUACCUCCACUCACUAGUUUUUCUUCUUUUAUCUAUAUCGAUAGUCGUCCACAUCUUACAAUAAACUUACAUAUAUGGUGGCGUUAAAUCGAUUCAUCUCAAUCCAUCAUGGUUCCCACCUUUGUAGGAUCAAUUGUAUAACAUGAAAAUUCAAUGAUAAUAACAAAUUGUAGAGAA